UUAAAUCUAUUACUUUAUUCAACGAUACACAAAUAAUGGAGAAAUACGACCUAAAAGCUCUGCAAUCUGAUCUGAGCAGGGAGUUGGUGAAUGGAUUAAGUGAGGAGUCCGUGGAAAUGGUUAGAGAGCUUAUGUGUCGCUACAAAAGUUGCCCCAAGGACUGGGAGGGAAAGGAAACCUGGAGUGAUAAAAAAUAUACUCGGACCUUGUUAGACAAAGGAAAUGGACAUUAUAAUCUGAUGAUAUUGUGUUGGAAUACCAGUCAGGAAAGCCCUAUACAUAAUCAUCCUAACUCCCACUGCUUCAUGAAGACCCUAAAGGGAGAAGUGUUCGAGGAGUUGUAUAAGAAUCCGGAAAUGGCGUCAUGCGACAGCUGUUCUGAUUGUAAAAUGGAGAAGAUAGAGGACAGAGUAUACAAAUUAAACGAUGUGGCUCAUAUCACUGAUGCAGACGGUCUUCAUAGAGUUGGGAACAAAAGUCACGUGGAUGGUGCUGUUACUUUACACCUUUAUUCCCCGCCUUUCUCCUCAUGUCGGAAGUAUGAUGACGUCACAGGUAGAUCGACAGAGGUACCAAUGGGGUUCGACCAGGACUUCAGCGAACAGUGUUGCGCACGUUCUUGUUGUGUAAAGUAAUCGACUUUUAGAGUCUAUAGUGCUAUACAAAGACUUGUAAAAACUUUAUAUUCAUAUUACACAUAGG